CGGAACCGUCAAGCUAUUCUAGCAACGUUCCCGCAGCAAUAAUGCGGCUGUAUCCGUAUACGCCGGGCCAGUAUGCAUUUUUCCGCUCCGAGUUUCGCAGCUUCCCAACUGGGUACCGAACUACCGAUCGCUCGGGAAUGAGUUCGAGGUGGCGGACGAAUCGUUGAUAACAGAACCCCACGUGGCCGCGAAACGAGAAGGUCGCUGCUCCAGCGUAGCAGUAUAUGCGGAGAAUGGGGCGUUCUACCAGAGCAACGGAACCAGGAUGGAACAGUUAAAGAUGAAAUAUAUAAUGCGUUGCAUCCGGAUUCUUUCCGCCCUAUCUACGUCCGUCAGCCCUUAGAAGUUUGCCCUACUAUCACCAUCCUCUCAGCCUCCGGAAUGGCAAGAUUGGGUCUGCUCAGCCUGGCUGCGGCCAUCUCGAUCCAGACAGCUCUGGCCAGCAAAUGCCGCCCGUCUAAGCCGGUACUCUCUUGCUCUGCGGGCGCACAGCCGGAAUUGGUCAACUCAUGCGAGGUCGAGACCUUCGGCGGCCUGGUGCUUUCCACCCAAUUCUGGGACACAUACACGGGGCUCGGGUCCGCGGGGCAGCUGCUCCCGGAGAAGUCAUUCACGCUGCAUGGUCUGUGGCCCGACUUCUGCAACGGCUCGUGGACGCAGUACUGCGACCUCAACCGGCAGUACGACCCGCACCCGUCGCCCAACACGACGACCGGCACGCCCGCCGGCACGCCCGUGCCGCCCUACAGCGGCCCGACGGUCGACACCUUCCUCGCGGCGCUCGGCCGCCCGGGCCGCACGCUGCUCGCGUGGAUGAACAAGUUCUGGAUCGCGCAGAACCAGCCCAACAGCGAGCUCUGGGCGCACGAGUUCUCGAAGCACGCCACCUGCUUCAGCACCUUCGCGCCCGCGUGCUUCUCGGCCCAGGACCUCGCCCAGCACACCGACCUGCUGACGUACUACUCUGCCGCGGCCGACUACUUCACGCGGCUGCCGACCUACGACUGGCUGGCGGACAGGGCCAUCACGCCCAGCAACUCGACGGGCUACACGCUCGCCGACAUCCAGGCGGCGCUGGCCGCGCGGCAUGGAGGGGCGGUGCCCUACGUCGGCUGCUCCGGGCCGCGAUACAACGAGACGGCUGCCGGGAAGGGGUCGCUGGAUAAUGGCCGGACUGUGCUGAAUGAGGUGUGGUAUUAUUACCAUGUUUAUGACCCUGUGCAGGCGGGUAAGGGCAAGCCGGUCGGGGCGGAUAUCAAUGGUGGGAGUACGAGCAGCUGUGCGAAGGCGGAUAGGGCUGUUUGGUACUAUGAGCGAGCGGCCGGGUCGGAGAGGCGGGUGUGAGCGCGUAUUGCGAUAUACUACCUGUGAUGUAGAAUAGAAGAACGUUGUGCGGCGUGCCAUAGUACCGCGGGACAUGCCAUGGGCCCAUUUUCACAUGCGUACUUGGAGGAUAGAGGGGACCGCAGCUACUUGUUAUUGUUGUUGUUGUUGUUGUUGAAGUCGAGACUGUUGUUAUCUCCAUUUUUAGUUUCUUACUCUCCCGCUACCAUAGGACCAUACUACUACUCUGACG